AUGCUAAAAGCUGUUCGUAUUUUUUCUCGGCAAUCACCAGUGAAUCUAUUGCGAAGAUUGAGUCAUACUGACAAUUCAUCAAUAGAUAAACCGACUCGUGCAGCAAGUCUUGGACGCGAUUCAACAUUUCCAGCAGCUUAUAACUUUCCUGCUUUAUCGAAAUCGCCCUUAUGGUUACCAGAAGUUAAAUUUGCUGUACCUGAUUCAAAGCGAUACAAAACAAAUGUCACAACGCUUGAUAACGGUCUUCGAGUUGCGUCGGAGAAACUUUUUGGUGAUUUUUGUACAGUUGGAGUAAUUAUCUCUGCGGGACCAAGAUUUGAAGGAAAAUAUCUUAGUGGUGUUUCACAUUUUCUUGAAAAAUUAGCAUUCAUGUCGACUGAUAAAUAUCAAAGUCGUGAUCAAGUUAUUGAAACAUUACAUGAUGUGAAUGCCAUAUGUGACUGCCAAACAUCUAGAGAUAUUACAAUCUAUGCAUUGUCUUGUCGAACAACUGGUGUUGAACGUGUCAUUGAAUUACUAUCUGAAACAAUUUUUCGUCCGAAAUUUUUACCAGAAGAAAUCGAAUCUGCACAAGCAGCUGUUUUCAAUGAAAUAGAUGAUUUAAAAAAUCGACGAUAUGAUCCAACACCAAUUUUAACUGAUAUGAUUCAUGCCGCUGCCUAUGGAAAUAAAACGUUAGGUUUACCAAAAUAUAUACCAUUGGACAAUAUUUCUCGAAUAGAUACAUCCAUGUUAAAAUCAUUUAUGAAAGAAUUUUAUAGGCCAGAGCGCAUGGUACUCGCUGGUGUUGGCAUUGAUCAUCAACAGUUGGUUGAUUUAGGAAAUAAAUAUUUUUCGGUACCAAAAAGUGAUACUAUGAAUAUCGAUGAAAAAGCUGCUGAACAAAAUAAAGCCGUGUGGACUGGUGGAGCUAUUAUGGAAGAACGUGAUCUUAGCCAUUUAUCAUUUGGUGCUGAUCCUUUACCAGAAAAUGUUCAUGUUGCACUUGGAUUUGAAGCACCGUGUCAUAAGGAAGAACAUGACUUCGUUUCAACUUGUGUAUUAAGUCAAAUGCUAGGUGGUGGUGGUUCAUUUAGUGCUGGUGGUCCUGGUAAAGGACUUUAUUCACGUUUUUAUUUGAAUGUUCUCAACAGAAAUGAACAAAUUAAAACAGCUGUAUCUUACAAUCAAGCGUAUUCCGAUUCUGGAUGUUUAUAUUUUCAUUUCGGUGGCGAUCCAUCAUAUCUUCGUAAUAUGAUUGAUGUUGCCAUACGUGAAAUAGGUUUUCUUGUUUCUGAACGACCUGGAUCAGUUGAACUCGAACGAGCUAAAAAACAAUUACAGUCCAUGUUAUUUAUGAAUUUAGAACAACGUCCGGUUGUUUUUGAAGAUAUUGCUCGACAAGUUCUCUCAGUUGGAAAACGUCAACAAGCUGAUUAUUAUUACAAUCGAAUAGAACGUGUUCAAGCCGAUGAUGUCUAUGAAAUAGCGCGGCGAAUAUUUAGUAAACCACUUGCUUUAGCUGGUCUUGGUAAAAGUUUGGAUGCAAUGCGCUCCUAUACACAAAUAUCGGAUACAAUCCAAAGACAACUCUCAGCUAAAACAAGAUGGCGUAUCUUUGGCUAA